AUGGCUGUUUAUGGGAAGAGAAGCAGACCUAUUGCGAAAGAUGUGGAUAGGGUGGUAUUUCUGAGCGAGGACGAAGAAGAGGAAGGUCCUAUUAGAGAUAGACAGACGCUUUUACCACUGGCCAUGGAGAAGUUGCAAGUCCCUGAGAUCAAGAGAGCCAGGAGGUCACCGAAGAAGAAGGUAGUUGAGCAAGAGUUUGAGGAGGAUAUAACCACGUCGCCCAAGAAGUUUAGUAGGUGGCUAGAUCUGAUUGAUAUGCCAAAGAUUGAACCGGCAAAGAGGUCGUUGACUGAGCAGUUGAUGGAGGUACCUAAACAAACACCUAAACAAACGGCUCAACAAACACCUAAACAAACGGCUCGACCAUCCAAAGAAACACCCAGAAGGUCAACUUUAUCUCCUGGUAAACAGGAUAUAUGGGACGAGUUGCUAGAAGAUGUGGACACCAGCAAAGGACAGACCAUGGAGUUCAAGUUGGAGGAGAACGACGAAGACGAAGAGGAAGAGGCUGAAGACGAAGAAGAGAAACCAGUGAUUGUGUUUGAUUAUGUUCACGAAACACCAGAGUUUGAAUCGGUGAUGCCGAAACCAUUGAAAGGCCGCAAGACACAGGAGUCAAGCAAAACGUAUGGAAACGAACGAAGUUUUCUACUUGAAGAGGUUGACAAGGCAGAAGCACAUAAGGAGAUGAUAAGAAAUGAAAACGAUUACAAUAAGAACCAGGAGAUUAUGACCAGUGUUGACUUAAAGCAAUUGGGCAGGAUGAACAAUCUAAAAGAAGAUAUGCAAUACUUAAUCGAGGGGUUAAAAUUCAAUAGAAUCAAAACUACUAUUGAAAACGAUAAUAAGAUAUUAAUAAUUACAUUAUGUGAUAUUCUAGCAAGUAAACAUGAUUUAAAACCGAUUGAAAACGUUGUGGUUGAUAAAUUACUCAAGAUCUUUACAAAAUUAGGAAAACAGCCAGGAGAUUUGGUUAUCGAAAUAUUAAUAUUAAAAGUUUUAAGUUUAUUUAAGAUGCCCAUCGAUAAGCAAAGCGAAAUAUCGUAUAGACUACUAACGUUUGAAAAAGAAAUAGAGUUAAAGGAAUUAAACUUGAAUGACAAUUUGAAAAACAAUUUGCAUAACUUAGUUUUGGAAGAUACUAAUAAAUUAGCAAUUGAUUUAUUAAGUAUACAGAGUUUAAAUUGGUCAAUAAUUGAAAAAAUAAUACCCAUUCAUGCAAAGUACUCUGAUAAAGUUCUAGCUCUUCUCCAACAGUAUUUCGACAAUGGCAAGCCAAUUCUUAACCAGCAACUUCUUGACUCCUUCCUCUCGCAAGGUAUUAAUAAUAAACAAUCGGUUUUCUUGCAGCUUAUCAUUACAAUUGCCAAUAAUUACGAGUUAGAUGAAAUUACUUACAAACAAGACUACGUUAAACUCAUCAUCAAUGAAAUAUCAACGGUUCCUUCCCGUAAACCAUGCUCCAAUAAAUUUGUACUAUUUGGAUCUGGUUAUCUAGUAAAUUAUGUUAAACAGUAUCCAAUUGCACAAACUGAUUUAGUAAAACUAAUUCCAUUAAUUAACUUUAGAACAAACAAUGAGGAACUUAAUCAUAUGAUCGGGUAUAUCCACCUUGUCUUAGACAUCCAGUCCUCCCUACCCAUUGACUCCAGCAAAUUACAACCCGGUCUUGCUAAUUUCAAACUGCUUAUUCAAUCAUCCAAUCCUUUCGGGUAUUAG